AUGAGUGCACUAGACGCUACAGCUCAUAGCUUGACACGUUUGUCGCUGAACUCUAAUCUAUUAACCAUUGUACCCAAAGCCCUUUCAAACUUAAAUUAUCUGCAAUCUCUCUAUUUACAGAACAAUCACAUUACAGACAUAAGGUGGCUUCCUCAGAAUAGCAAACUAGGCAUACUGUCUCUCAGUUAUAAUUACAUCUGGAAUGCCAGUCAGUUAAGUGAGGUUCUGCGUCCUUAUGGAACAUCAAUGAACUCGUUUGACAUAGACAAUAACCAUCUGACCAGUAUGCCGGACAUAUCUUAUAUGGUCAAUGUCAGAGCGCUGCAGUUCACACGCAACAGACUUUCUGAUCCCAUUUCCGGAGCAGUUGCUUCCAACGUAUUCAUGCUGGAAUUAUACUAUAACUCGUUUCCAUUUGUCCCUAAAAUACUGUCGAAGCUUCCGUUGCUAACCACCAUCGCUUUGUCAAAUAAUGCAAUAACAGCGAUCAGAGAAACUGAUUUUCAAAGAAACACAACAAUAAUUGAACUCGAUUACAAUUUGAUAACAGAAUUGACAGACACAAGUUUCCCAGAAAAUUUUGCACUACAGGAAUUGAACUUAAACAAUAACCCAUUGACAAAAAUGUCUUCAGUUGCUUUAAAGAAUUUGCCCAGUCUUACAUUUCUGGAUUUGAGGUCUACCAAACUUACGCGUCUACCUCUGGGGCUUAAAUAUCUCGGAGGCCUUGUCGUAUUAGACCUGACCAAUAACAGCCUGCUUGUCUGCACAUGCGCGGAGAGUAGUUUACGAGCCUGGGUCAUGAACUUGAACCCAAAAAACGUUAAAGGGAGCUGUGGUCAGACAGGUGUCUACAAUUUCUUUUCUGCUUUAAGUCCCCUGUGCCCUGUUUCAGCAGACACACACCUGUAA